AUGGCAACAGAGACACAGAAGGCGAUUUUCCUCGGUCCCGAUGGAGAGGUCUCUGUCAAGGAGGUCACCCAGAACUACACGCCUGCAGGAAAUCAGGCCCUUGUGAAGGUCAAGUAUUCCGCUAUCAAUCCCGCCGACCUUCGACAUUCAUACAUGGGCUUGCACGGUUCCGUGGCCGGAUAUGAAUGGGUAGGGACUGCCAUUGAGGUUGGAGAUGCCUCGCCCUUCACGGUCGGUCAGGAACUUUUCGGCAUGGUGGAGGUGGCAGCCAGUAAGCCGCAGUAUUUGGGAGCUCACCAGAAUUUCCUCGUUGCUGAUGGGACCCAGCAUACCUGGGCGCUGCCCAAAGGUCUGAGCCCGGAGGUAGCAGUAGGGAUGCCAGUCGCUGUGCAAACAGUCGCCGAUGCUUUCUUCAAUGUGUUUGGCUUCGGUUUCCCUGAAGCCAAAAUCUCAGGAUCCGAUACUGCGAAUACCGCAAUCCUUAUCUGGGGAGGAGCAUCUUCCGUGGGAGCGGCAGCCAUUCAAAUCGCCAAGACAGUAGGAUUCAACCCAAUCUUCACCACGGCUUCGAAGCAUAACCACGCAAGCCUCGAAAAGCUCGGGGCAACGCAGUGCUUCGACUACAAAAGCCCAGAAGUAGUGCAGGAGAUUAAAGCUGCCGUCGCCAAAUCUGGCAAGAAACUAAGGGUUGUCUUUGACGGCGUGUCUGCCAACAUCCCCGUGUUGGGCACCGUCGUACCAGAAGGGGCGAUAAGCACCGCCGACCUCGGCCGGCAGGCAUGCUCUGAGGAUGUCCCAGAGAAGGAUCUGCUGCUCUGUGGUGUCCUCCCCGUCCCGACUGACCCGACAUGGAAGUUCUGUCUCGGCGUACGAAACUACGGCGAUAAGCUGGAAGCUUUGGGAGGGGUGGCCCAGGAUCCAGAGUUCCCCAUCCGUAUGAACAAGUUUAUAGUUUGGCUAGUGGCGAAUCACGAGAAGCACUGGCAGCAGGCGCUUCGUAUUACGAAGGUCAAGGGUGCAGAGGAGGGGGUUCGACAGAUACGUCGUGUGUUUGGUGGCGGUGCCUCCAUGGAGAAGGUUCUCAUCGAGCGGCCCCUGUGA